GGCAACGAAUGACGCUUUAAGUUUUGGAACUUUCAACCUACAAAACACCAAGAUUUUCAGCGAAAUCACGCGAUAAAUAAAGCUCAUCAAAUUAACUCUACAUUCCUUGAUCAUGUCAGACGAUGCUAUUGAUCCCCUGGCCCUUGAACUUAACCGUGACUUGAAUCUUGCUGCGGCAGGAGAGGCCCAGAGCCGUUAUACGUUAGGACUUUGGGAAAACGAAGAACUUGCGAAGGUCCGAAUUAAAGUCUUCAAUAAGCACACAGCCAGUGUUAACAGCUGUGACGUUUUCUGCAAUGACAGGUUUGUGCUGACGGCAUCUGAUGACCACUCAGUGAAGUUGUGGGACUCCAGGUCUGGCUCACUUCGUAGGUCAUACGAUGAGCUUCAUUCCAUGGAGAUCAGUGAAGGCAGGCCAAGUCAUGAUGGCACAAGAUUUGUUACCUGUGGCUGGGACAAAAUGGUUAAAUUUUGGGACACAGAAAAUGGAACUUGCCUGUGGAAGCUGGGUCACGGAGGUGUUGUCAUGUGCUGUAAAUUGUCGCACAAUGGAAAUCUUGUUUGUUCCGGGUCAGACUUCGACAACUCGGUUAAAAUAACGGAUACCAGAACGGGAGAUAUCGUUCACAAUUUGAAAGCAUUUUACAAGAGCACAGUAACGAGCUGUGUAUUUUCCUUUGACGACUGCAAAGUGAUAUCAACAUCUAUGGACAGGACGACCAAGUUCUUUGAUCUUCGUUCGGCCACCAAUACAAUCUCACUUGGGGGUCACAUCAACGUGAUAUCCGGCUGCGCCAUCACACAGAAUGAGCGAAACUUCGCGACGUGUUCGUGGGACAAGUCCGUUCAGUUGUGGGACAUCUCCACCGGAAUGUACAGGGCAAAUGGUCCAAUCAGUCUGAAGGGGUCACAUGAAGGUUCUAUCAGCUGCUGUAACUUCAGCAGUGACGGUCUCAUGCUGGUGACAGGCUCAUUUGACAAUUGUAUUGUGGUGUGGGAUUCCGACAACCAUGUGACCAAGUUAAAACUGCAGGGACAUACUAAUUGGGUUAAUGAUGUCAAAUUCACCGACGACCAGAAAUGGCUGAUUUCAUGUUCGAAGGACAAAACAGUACGUAUGUGGAAUAUUGAAGACUCUGACAAAAUUCCCGCUGUGUUGGAAAAUAGAAAGUCUAUUGGCUUGAAGGUUAUUUCGUGUACCAGGUGUAAGAAGCCAUUCUCGAUGUCUCAGGUGGACAACUUCCGAGAACUAGCGCUGUGCGUGUUCUGUCGACUCCAGAACCCAGAGAAAUCAUGGCUGUCUCUUGAAGAGUCGGAUACUUGAACAUCUGCAGACUAGCGGCAUUUCUGUGAUAGAACAAACUGUUCCCUGUGAUAAAAUUAGCAAACUGCUCACUGUGAUAAAAAUUGAAAAAAAUAUUCACUAUGACACAAUGAAAAAACUGUUCACUGUGAUCAAACGAACCACCUCACCGACUGUGAUGUGGAUAAAAUGUGGAUACAAAAGUAAUGUGAUGUUCAUUUAUGCUGGAAAUGAAACUUUAAAAUGUGAAUGGAAAAGUAAAACCAAAGUGCAGCUAUUCUUUUAAUCAAAAAAAAAAAAAAGUUUUGUUAAACAACA